UGCAGAAAGAUGUCAGCUCGAGCUCUGUCACAGCAUUUAUGUCUUCUUCUACAAUAUCCUGUUGUGAUAGCAACCAUUUUUAUAAGUGGUUUUGGAGGGUCAUUUCAGUAUGGAUUCAGUCUGUCUGUGAUGACAUCCCCGUCUGCUUUUAUAAAGCAGCUGCUGAACCAAACAUGUGUGGAAAGAUACAACCUCUUGCUGGAGGAGUGGCAGGUUUCUGUUAUCUGGUCCUGCACAAUAUCCAUUUUCUGCAUUGGGGGGCUAGUGGGGUCACUGGUGGUUACUUCACUGAACACAAGAUUUGGCAGAAAGCGGUGCCUUCUGUUAAACAAUUUUGUGGCUAUUUUUGGAGCUGUAUUGAUGGUUUUGAGCCAAACUGCCAGGUCUUUUGAGAUGAUUAUGGUGGGACGACUUGUCUACGGUAUCAGUGCCGGGGUUGGGAUUUUAGCUCACACAAGAUACCUAAUUGAAUGUGCUCCUACGAAGUUGAGAGGGAUGGUGGGAGUGUCUGUUGCCACCUUCGUUGCUGCUGGAAAGUUCAGUGGUCAGCUGCUAGGGAUCAGAGAGUUACUUGGCACGGAGAAAAACUGGCACUGGCUGCUUGGUUUUAACGGGUUCACUGCAUUGUUCCAGCUCCUCACCCUGCCCUUCUUACCAGAGUCUCCCAGCUUCUUGUUGCUAGAAAGAGGAGACCGAAAGGCUUGUGAGACAGCUUUAAAGAGGCUAUGGGGCGACAAGGAUUUUAGCAAGGUGGUGGGAGAGAUGUUGAGGGAGAAAGCUGCCAUGCAGGGCGUUCGUGACCACUCAGUGUUGGAGCUGUUUCAGAACCCAACAAUUCGCUGGCAGCUCCUCACCAUCAUUGCUACCUUCAUCUCACUGCAGUUUUGUGGCAUCAAUGCUGUCUACUUUUAUUGUUUUGAUGUAUUUCGUGCGGCAGGAAUUGAUGAAGACAAGUUACCUUACGCAGCACUGGGAACAGGCCUGUGUGAAAUGUUAUUCUCUGUAGUCUGUUUCAUGAUGAUCGAGAGUAUUGGCAAAAUGGCCCUGCUGUUCAGUGGGUGUGUAGGAAUGUGUACAGCUUUGAUUCUUCUCAUUGUCUCUCUGUUCCUGCAAAAUCAUGCCUCAUGGAUGCCAUAUUGCAGUAUGGUUUUCAUUUUCAUCUUCAUUUUCUUUUUUUCAUCUGGACCAGCCGCAACGAUAGUCCCACUUCCAGGGGAAAUUUUAACCCAACCAUUCAAAUCAGCUGGAUACACACUCGGCUGCAUCAUCAACUGGGCAGGCCUGUUUGUGCUGGGCAUGGGUUUCCCCAUUUUAGCUGAAAAUAUUGGUAAUUUUUGCUUCAUUAUAUUUCCGGUUGUCUGCAUCCUUUGCGGGUUGCACAUAAAAUGUAAUGUCCCUGAGACCAAGAAUCGGACAAUACUGGAGAUCACUGCAGAGUUUGAGAGGAUGCACUCCAAAGCAUCAAAAAAGCAAUCCACUGAAGGGGACCACGGUGGAAUCACAAUACAUGAGACCAAACUCUGAUCGGAUAUGUGGAGUUUUUAAACUCUUUGGAACUGCCAUUCUUUCUAAAUUGAGAUUCAGACCAGAAUCAGAACCAAACACGGAGAAGCAGGAUUCAGCUUUUAUGCUCCACAGAUCUGGAACAAACUUCUAGAAAACUGCAG